GUGUUCGAUCAUUGAUCCAUCAAUGGCUACCUUUUGCAUCUCGCUUAGAAAAAUUGCAACAAGUAAAACAUCUUCCUUAAUAUUGCUAUUUGUGAAGUAAGGAUAGACCAUUGUGGUAAUAAUAUACUUGUUAAGAUUUGCUGCUGCUUGUUGUAUUUCAGGAAGAAUAACGAUAAAUGAUGUGCAACAAUCGAAAAUUCAUGUGUUCGAUUCGCAACUUUUAUGCUUUGUAAAAAAUUGCAAAGAUACUUAAGCUGUUUCAAAGACAUACCACCUUGAUCUACUAAGUCUAAGCUUUGCAGCAAUGCCAAAGUUGUAGGUAAAAGAAGUCUAGUUUAGAAGAAAUCGCGUUCGUAAAUGGAUGGUGACCGGAAGUGAGUGUUUGACUCUAACAACACUUGAAUUAGCUCAAUUGAAUGACAGAUUAUCAGGUCAGACACUACGGGAAAGAGUAGAAGCAUUUGUUCUGAGAUUGGCUGAGCUUCUUGGUGAUCUACCAGAAAAGAUUGAUGAAUUCUUGUCUAUCAUUAAAGAGAUCGACACUCUCAUUGCUGAGAAAGCAGCCAAUAAUAUUUCUCAAAGCUAUGCUAAUUAUAAACAGGUUGCAAAGACUAAUGAUUCUGAUAAUGGCCAAUCUACACGAACUAAAGUUGCCCCAUCUACUCCUGACAUAGCUACCAAAUCUAGUGGUCAUCAAGAUUGUGAAUCAGAGGAACCAUUAACCAGUGAUUGGCCAUGGGCAAAAAAGAAAAAAUCUGAUGAGGAUAUUGUGUACCACUACACAACCAACCCAGGAAGGAAUCGUGGCAUUGUAUUGAUUAUUAACAAUGUUAAAUUUUCAGAUAAAGACACCCCAAAUCGAGAUUCGUCAAAAAAAGAUGAAGAAAAGCUUAAAAAAGCAUUUGACAAAUGUCGAUACGAAGUUAUUACCAAGAGAAACCUGGAAGCUGAUACAAUGAAAGAAGCUAUUGAAGAAGUAGUUGAGAAAGAUGUCACUCGUGACCAUGACAGCUUCAUUUGCUGUAUCUUGUCUCAUGGUAAUCCAGCAGGAAUUGAAGGAGUUGAUGGUAAAACUGUUACUGUCACUGAACUUGCAAAUAUUGUUAAUUGUGACUGGCUCCAUGGGAAACCAAAAAUAUUUGUCUUUCAAGCAUGUAGAGGGACUGGAAUGCCAGAGCGAAUGGUGGCCGAUUUAUCAAUUCCUUCCGGUUCCAGAGAAGAAGAGGAGGUAAUGGUUCCUGAUGGUCGCUCUAUUGCAUUACCUCCAGAAGCUGAUUUCCUCUUUGCUUUCAGUACAGUAGAGAACAAUAAAGCAUUGAGAGGUGUGUAUUCUGGCUCUCACUACAUCACAGCUUUAUCUAAUGCCAUUAUUGAUUAUGGAUCAAAGCUUAGCAUUGACAGGAUACUGCUGGUUGUUAAUCAUAAAGUGGCAGGUGAGCCCAAGACAGUUGAAAUAGUAAAGGAUGGGAAAACGGAAACGUGCAUAUACCACCAGAUGCCUGAAAUAAGGAGCACUCUGCGAGGCUACUUCUACUUCCAAAACAAUUAAUUUUUGCUUCAAUGUUUUUAAAAAACUUUUUUUGAUAGAAUAAUCUUAAGUGAUGUAUUUGCUAAUGGCAUAUGCACCAUUUACUAUAGUAAA